UGCUGAUGCGAGAGCUUUCGCUGUCUGAUCAACAUCGGUGGACUGACGGCCUCAUGAUGGAGCUUUUUGACACAAUUUAUCAACGAUUUCCUUCCAUUAUGGACUCCGAUGGAGGACGCCGUGGCAGAUGUCUUUUUUGAGAAAUGAAUAACGGAAGAAUUUGAGGAAGAAAGGACGAGUUUCGUCUCGUCGUUCGUCUGGCCUGGCUUGUUAGUGACACAGGUGGAUUGCAGCUGGAAAACGGCAUCGAAAUGAAGACUUAAUGUCGGACUAUCACAGACGUGACAGUUUCAGGAGUCACAUCUCAGUCAUUUUAACAUUGAACAUCCUGUUUGGUUAAAUAUAGUUGAGGCAGGAAUAGGCUUAGCUGUUUGGCGUGAUAGCUAGCUAAUAGGCUAAUUUCGCUAGCUUGUCAGUUAGCAGCUUCCCUGGCACGGAAGGAGUGGGAUGCUCGAAGGAGGUGCUAGCAUUAAAAUCAUUAGGAGGGUUUGACAGCCGGUGUUAUAUUUGGUAAACCGUCUCAUCAUGAGGGGAUUAACGUUAACAUUAAAGGCUCGGUAACCACUUAGUUUCAUCACAUCCUUUUUCGGCUCAAAGAAAAAUUAGCCUGCUAUGGAUAAGAUGAGAUAAUCGGCUAAGAAAGCUAAUGUUGACAAACACUCGUGACAUAACGCGUUAAUUUUUGCAGUUUUAAAUCGGCUCACGUGCAGAAAUGCUGCCAGCCGUUAAUGGCGUUUAAGUCCUGAGACUAUUUUCGGUCAUUUUUAAGCUUUCAGGUCGAGCUGAAGGAUGUUGACGGUGGGUGAACUGAAGCUGAAACAUUGGGCAACGACGGAGAGUGGACCUGCCAUGACAGAAACAGACAUAGUGAGUGAAAACACGUUUAAAUUUGUGGUUUAUUCAACAAGGCUACGACAUAAGUAUGAAUUUUAAAUCAAGGUAACGGUUAUGUCGAGUUAUGGAUGGCAGCCACUUUAGUUAAAACGACCAAAUGUGUUUAUUAACAAGUUUUGUUUCUUAAAACCACCACAGUAUGUUAACUUCUAAAAUUAUUUGGAGAAUUACAAAUAAUGCAGGCAUAUUUUGAAUAUUAGAGGUCGAAAAUGCGUCUACACAUUCGUUUCAAAACUUUAUCACGGACAUUCAGUGCCAUUUAGAAUCAUGGCAUUGAAAUCAAACAACUUUAUCUUGACAGCUGUGAGAUAAAACGUUCAUUGGUUUUCUCCAAUAAGUAGAAAAGCCCACUGAAAUGGAACCGACAGUUGUGUCUGGCCCUUUGGGGCAUGCACAGUGGGAAUCAGAACAGCCAUUUCCUCUUGGAUUUAACACGCUGGAUAACCCGGACAAUGGAGGUGUGCUCUGCUCAAACAAGAGUGGUCAGACAGGUUUGGAUUUCAGAAAUGGGGACCAGGGUCAAACAUCCCAACAAACUGAAGACGUACCGCCUCUAGAAUUGGACAAACUUAUAAAUAUUUCUUGUGGAGACUUUAAUUUUGAGGGAAAUAAGUCUGCUAUUUCCCAGGCUGCACUGCUUAACUCUCAAAUAGAUGGAUUUUCCUUUUCAGAAACAACUGAUGGACCAACAGAAACUUUGAAAUGGCUGUUUUCACCAAAACUCACUGAUGUAGUAGGGGAAAACUCUACCAGUGAGGAUCUAACACGGGAGGAUCCGAUCACUCCAUCAAAGACUUCUGACACAGAAACAGUGGAUUCAUUUUUGUUGGUAGAUCUCUUCUCUAAUGAACUCUCAUGUCUCCCUUCAGAGUCUUCAGGUGAGUCGAACCCACAGGGUGUCAGUGAGGAGCUGGUAGACUUGUCACCAGAGGAGCAGGCAGGCCCCCCUCCCUCACAGUGCUGGGAGACUUUGUCACCUGAAACUGGAGACAAAGGUUUAUGCCCCGAUCAAGUAACCUGUAGCACUGCUCUGCAAGGUUCACCAGAAAGCUGCCUACCGCAUAACCACAUCAGCACGCCACUGGAGUCUUUACAGGGAUCUGUGCCUUUGUUGGAUUUAGAGGUGCCAGACUGUGAAAGCAGUCUGAGUUUGUGUCCUGUCAGUCCUCUCUCUGUUAUCUGCACAGGUGAGCCUUUAAAUUUAUUGACAGAGAAGACCCAAGUUGAAUAUGAAGGAGCUACUGAAAUAAGAGAUCUGACGACAGAACAACAAGCAGAGAAUGACUCAUUUGCUUUAGGUUUGUCAGCUGAAGGUUCAUCACUGACGGUGCCUCAGGCUGAAGAUGCCUGCACAAAGGGUGAUUUCACCAGUGAGAGUUUGCCUGUGGAAAAUGGGUCUAAGGAUUUGAUGGAAGAUAAGAUUUACACUCAGGGGAAUGAGGUGAUGGCUUUGGAUCCGUGCUUGACUGCUGAUGAGGUUAACAUUGAGGAAAGUUCAGACUUGAAACCACAGGAGGUUCUACAGAAUGGAAGUGUUCCCGAUCCAACUCCAGAACAGAGGGAAGAGGAGCCGUUGACGGACACUAACCAGCUGGAAGGAUCAGACGGUCAUGAUGUGGCCUCUUUUGGUUUUUCAGUUCAGGACAUGCACUCCACUCAGGAGGUGGGAUGGACUAGUGAGCAAACGGUGGAGACGAUUUCCCUCUCUAACAUGGUGGGAGAUGACUCACUGCCAGUGGUCUCAGCUGUGAACUCGAGGGAGGAAGAUGUCUCCCCACUAAAAGCUGUUUUUGACGCUUUGGACCAAGAUGGAGAUGGCUUUGUUCGAAUUGAGGAGUUUAUGGAGUUUGCUGCUGCCUAUGGGGCCGAUCAGGUGAAAGAUUUGACCAAGUUUUUGGAUCCCAGUGGACUUGGAGUGAUCAGCUUUGAGGACUUCCACAGAGGAAUCUCUGCAAUUAGCAAUGGAGGUCCAGAGCCUCAGCUCUACAAUGUAAACUACAGUCCAGGGGAUGGAGCUGUGGGAUGUCCCGAGGAGUACGACGAGCAAAAUGAGGUGACGGACAGUGCAUACCUGGGCUCUGAGAGCACUUACAGUGAGUGUGAGACCUUCACAGAUGAAGACACAGGGGCCCUGGUACCCCCCGAGAUGCACGAGGAUGUGGAGACAGACAGCGGCAUCGAGGCCACACUGCACGACCCUGAAGACGCUGGAAAUAGGUUUUCCCUAAACUCAGAGCUCCACAACCACUCGCUGGUGACUGUCAUCAGUGGAGAGGAAGAGCACUUUGAGGACUUUGGGGAGAGCAACACAUCAGAGUUACUACUGGAGAGCAGUGUGGAGGGGACAGAGGGGGAGGCCAACUCUACACUGGAGCAGCCAGCCGAGAAGGUCAAUGGCUCACUGCUCUCUCCAAGUGCACCUGCUCCUCUCCCUGACUGCUUUCAGAGCUUCCUCAGGGAGGAGGCGCUCGACUUUUUCUGUAGCCAGUGUCACAAACAAAUAAGUCGUCUCGAGGACCUCUCCACCCGCCUCAAUUUCCUAGAGAUGACUAGUGCCGGCAAGAGGCUCUCCAGCAAGAAAGUAGCAAGGCAUCUCCUUCAGAACAGCUCCAUGACUCUGGAGACAAUGAGUGACUUGACGCGGGACAUCCUGGAGCUCGCUGACAAUGACAUCACUGAUAAGGUUCUCCUCCUUGAGCGUCGAGUGGCUGAGCUGGAAAAAGAGUCAGAGGCAUCAGGGGAGCAGCAUGCACGGCUGCGUCAGGAGAACCUUCAGCUAGUGCAUCGGGCCAACGCUUUGGAGGAACAGCUGAAGGAGCAGGAGCUCCACGCUGACGAGCAACUACAGCAGGAGACCCGGCGUCACAAAGAGGCUCUAGUUAAACUGGAGAGAGAGAGGGGACUAGAGCUGGAAAACCUGCAAGCCAGGGUGCAGCAGCUGGAUGAGGAGAAUAGUGAGUUGAGGUCAUGUGUCCCCUGUUUACGAGCAAACAUCGAGAGACUAGAAGAGGAGAAGAGAAAGCUCCAGGAUGAGACAGAAUCUAUGUCUGACAGGCUACAGGAUGAAAUUGAGUCUCGCAGGAAAAUGGGCGACAAGCUGAGCCAUGAGCGCCACCAGAGCCAGAAGGAGAAGGAGAGCACACAGGAGCUCAUUGAAGACUUGCGUAAACAGCUGGAGCACCUACAGCUGUACAAGUUAGAAGCUGAAGCAAAAAGAGGGCGCACACCUGGAGCAGGGCUGCAGGAAUAUCAGACCCGCACACGUGAGGCAGAGCUGGAGCAGGAGAUCAAACGACUCAAACAGGACAACCGCAGUUUAAAGGAGCAGAACGAUGAGCUGAAUGGCCAGAUUAUCAACCUGAGCAUCCAGGGUGCAAAGAACUUGAUGUCGGCCUCCUUCUCCGACUCCCUGGCAGCUGAGAUCAACUCUGUGUCUCGUGCAGAGCUGAUGGAGGCUAUUCACAAACAAGAGGAGAUCAACUACAGACUCCAGGACUACAUCGACAAAAUCAUUGUGGCCAUCAUGGAGUCAAACCCCUCCAUCCUAGAGGUUAAAUAGACGGCAUGCAGCCAGAUGAUCUACGCACACAGAGACUCCUCGGGCUGUUGAAUAUAUUGGAGACUUGAAAACUACCAAAUGAAGAUGUAAAUUAUCACUUUGGAAAAAAGCAACAUUUCCCCCUUAAAAAGAAGGAUUUAAGAUUUCUAAGAAGCUGGUUGCUCUUGGUGUAUUUUUUUGUUAGAUAUCCUGUGAGUCUGUGUUUGUCUCUGUACACUCGGGUUCCGGUGAUUUCCAUGUAUGUGGCUAGAGGGACCUGAGUCUCCUGUGCUGAGUGAGUGAGCGUGUAAAUGUGCACAAGAAGUCAGUAUCAUAAAGACCCCCUCCCCCCGAAAAGUGAUGAAGCUAAAAAUUAUCAGACAGUACCGAAAGGCCUUAAAAAGGUGAUCAAAGUAUUCAUUAUCAAUAUCAUACACCACAUGCCUCAGAGUGGGAUGGGGAGCUGUGAUCUCCUAAGCUGUGCUGAGUCAUGAGGAAGCCGUAUGACGCUUUGGUCAGGGGAUCACAGCUGAAGUUUCUCUCUUGAAUUCCUCUUAAAGCUUGCUGUGUCCUUUUAACUGUGUCCACUGUCUUUCCAGUGAACCCAAGUGAGGGACAUUUCUGGGGGUCAAGGAUGAGAAAUGCCCGAAGGGUUUAUUUUUUGUGUGCGUUUGUGUGUGGUGUGUAUUUUUGUUGCUUUGUUAUAUGAAGGCUUUCAUAAAGCAUCAGUAACAGAAGAUGAAGUAUGCAGAAGCUCAAAGCAGACAUACAUUGAUACAUUUGAUUAGUGACGUGCAGUUGUUAGCUUAAGAAAACAACACAUUUUUUUUAUAUGAUGGUGAUUUCCUAUAAUUCCUCAAAACCUAAAGAAAACAACUAACAUUAACUCUGUCACAAGAAGAAACAAAAAGAAAAGAUAACAAAAAAGCUGUCAAGAUCUGAGGAAAUUAGGCCAAAUUUAGCUGUUAGCCUGAGAAAAGGAAGAAUUAUUCAAUGUAUGGAUGCAUGUCUUCAUGAGGCUUCUUUAUUAAUGUAAUCUUUAACAUCAAAAACGAAGAACUUUGUCAUUUAUACUUUGCCUCAUCAUGUUAUCAUUACCUUUUUUGCAAUGAAACAGGGUCCUGGAGCUCAGCUGGGCUGGAAACCUCCAAUGACAAAAAAGUACUACAUUUCCCAUCAUUCCCUAGCACAGAUGUUCGGUAAGUCAAGCAUAUCACACCAUAUAGCCAGUUCAUACUCACAUGUCACUUUAAAAAUUCUCCAAACACUUGAAGUAUGCAUGAAGAGAAACUGAGGGAUUCUGGGAAAUGUAGUACAUUGCAUGUUUAAGUACAGCCCACCUGAUUCCAGUGUUCUUCUGCUGAGUGAUAGAGGGCAAGCUUAUCCAGGUAACCAUUUAUUGUUUCUGCACAAUGAUUUAUUGUUGUGAAACUGAAUUGUGGGUAAUCAAAUUGUUGUACUUUUGCACUACGUUUUGUUUUGAUUUAAUUUUUUAUUGUGAAGGGAUCAAAUUGUAAGCGAAGAUGCCUGCUUAAAGAUAAUAGUAUGCAGGAUUUUCUGACAUUCUCCUCAUCUUAAUGAAGACAAAUACACUAAUUUGAUGCCAUGAUUGAUUGGAAAUGUUAAGAAAAACAUGUAGCCGUCUCUGAAGACUUUUCCAUUUGCAGGCGGUAUUUUUCCAGCCAUCGGGAGUUGAUUUGUGCUGUUUUACUGACUGUUGAUACUUUUAAAAUGUAAUGCUGACACGGAGGGAGAUGUGGCGGACUUGGUAGCAAUAACGCUGAGUGAGAAAAUAGACAUUGGUGGAGGGCAGACAAAGCAAACCUGCUCCUUAUUCUGCUUUUUCAAAGACUGAAUUUGACUGUUGCCAUGCUUAUCGGUACCUUGCAGCCAUCUCACAAUACUUGGGACACUAAAAAACUGGACUUAAGUGGAUUUACUCGCUGCCAGAAAUCCUGAUGGAGGAGGUUGUUUUUGUCCAAACCGCAUGGCACCAGUAUGCUAAGAAGAAUCUCCUAUUUUUCACCCUCUUCACAUCAAAUCUCACCGCUCCUCCUCUUCACCUGCCACUCCACGGGAAAAAAAUGGCCUUGGAUGUAAAUGACUUGUACAUGUAAAGUUUUUCUACACUCAUUCUAGAUUCUAGGUAUUUUUAUAGUAUGAAGAAAGGAACAUUUCUUCUUGUUGUCUUACGCUGAGGGACAGCUGCCUGUAUUCUUCUCUAGCAUGUAGCGUGUACAGUAUCUGUUGGGGUUCUUUUGUUUUUUGUGUUCAUGCAGAUAUAUUUAUUCAUCAUUUGACACAAACAACUCACAAUCUGUGAUCUGUUCUACUGAGAAUGUAAUCAGGAGAGGAAGCUGGAUUGAUGGGACUGAAAGAUGUGUUGUAUUAUGUUGUAGGGAGUCAAAAUGCCCACACAGUUUGGUCGAGGUCGCCACACUCUUCCGUGAUGAUGACCUCUUCAGGGUUCUGUAAAGAUAGAUGAGAGUGCAGAUUGUCUUCCUAGAUGGAGUCAGGUACUGCAUGAAAACACAUUUUUAUUUCUGUGUAUCUCUCAUUAAGACUUGUGUUCGACUGACAAAUCAUUAGAUAUAAUUUCCACCAGUGAAGACGUAGGUUUCAAAAACACGUGACACUUAAAACCUCACAAACCUGGCUCACUGAGUUCAGUGUCCUGCCUUUAAGUGAAGGUUUGCCCCAACAGAUUUUAUUCUUUGUAGAGAUGAAUCAUUUUUGCAUUACAAAGAUUAACUGACACUUGAACACAGCAGGCUGUACUACACUUACUUCUCCUGCAUUUUAUUCAAGUGUCUGCUUUUGACAGCUGAUGGUUCAGGGACAGGCAACACAAUAACUGGACAGUGAGACCACAGAGCUGACUAAACAUUCCCGCAUUAGCACUUUAACCAAAUUUAUCCUGCUUUCAAAACGACCAAAGACGGAUGCUUCAACUGGAAACUGAUCAUUUUAUCUAUCAGGGUCUGUUGUCAUGCUCCGGGGAUGAUUUCCCUCUCGCUAAAGAAUCAUAAAUCAACAGCCCUUAAAGGAAAUGAAAACAGGCCUGCUAGUCUAAACACUGUGCCUCUGUGUCUCUAACUUUGCCUCUAAACUCACCUGAUGAUGAGCCCUGGGAAAACGCACUGACCACGUGACUGUCAGUUUGUUAAAUUAUAAUGAUGAAACCUAAACUGUAAAUAUCAAUUGUCAUUUUUUUGUGAUUUCUUUUUCUCUCUCACACUCACUUCCAGUGUCCAAAGAAAGUCUGCUCAAGGCACAAACAUCACUACUGCAGUAGUGCAUGGCUUGCCAUUAUGUGACAUGGGAAGAUUAAAAAGAGAAUAUUGUAGAAAAGAGAAUCUUAAAAUUUAUUCCUAUUUUCAAAGAUAAAUGUAUAAAUUAUAACAGUAUUGGUUACAGCUGUAUAUUAUUUUUGAAGAUCCCCAAGAUCUAAUCCUAAUUGUUACUGGGGGAAAUAUAAUUUCAGUCAUUGUAAAAAGAGAAAAUUUAAAGGUAAGCAGUGAAAGUAAGAAUAGAAAAAUAAA